GCUGUGUUGAUAUCAAAUGGGCAGAUUCAUCUGCAGGAAGGCUUUGCAAACAGACAGAAAAUAAACAUUUUAUUUGAAGAAACAUUUUACAAUGUUGCCGAUGAAUCUUACCGAGUGUUAUGUGUCGAACACAUUUUCAACACAGAUAGUAGUACUGUGCAGUCUUCACCAUACCAAUCCAUGCCCACAACAUACAAAGAAUGUUUCGAGUUACUCUGGGGUCACCCAGGUGGCAGAAAAACCAGAGAUAACCUGGACAAAGUGUUACAGCAAUUUGUUUAUGUCUAUGGGAAACUGGAUGUGUACAAUUUUCGGAGUAUUGUGGAUGUUGCUAGCGCUCAGUACACCAAAUCUAUGCAGCUCCUACUCCGAGACCCAACUUUGAAAAGUCGGGCAAAACACAACCCAGUUUACAUGGACUGUCUGAAAGUUGCCGCUGAGACUUAUGUGUUGCAUCAGCUUCACAAAAGUCUCUUUGGCGCUCUCACGCUGUGCAUGGCAUCAGAUGAUGCAGAAAUCAACAAAUGUACCAGGAAUCUUAAAGAGUUGCGGUCUCACCAUUUGGACAUUAGGGAAUCUUUUAUUGCAAACCUCCCAGCUGCUAGGAAAGAAAUUACCCGUCUAAACAAGUAUAGCACCCCAAUGGGCAAACUUUAUUGCAUCCAGCGUGUGAUUGCUGCCCUUAUGCGCUCGCACAAGACCCCACGAUCCCCCACUGAAGAUGGCACUGACCGACCACUUUCUGAUGUGAUGACCACUGACGACCUCCUGCCACUUCUUAUUUUCAUUAUUGUUAAGUCAGAAAUCCCAAAUUGGUGCUCAAACCUGGCAUACGUCCAGCAUUUUAAUUUUUCACGUUCUUCAAACAAAGAUGAAUACAGUUACUAUUUGGCCACAAUUGAAGCUGCAUUAGAACAGAUCAAAGCUGGUAAAGUCAAGAUACCAAGUUCAACUCCUUCCAAAAUGCAGUGGUUUAAUUCAUCAGAUGCGGGGGUUGAAGAAACCAGUGCCAUUUCCCCCAUAUUUGAGGGCAACAAUGAAAAAACAACUGGCUCUUGUAAAACGUCUGAAGUUACAGCCAUCGACAUAUUCUUUCAGCAUGUAGAAGCUGGUGAUGAAAAUUCUGUUAAAGCAUUUCUGAACCGCCAAAACAAGAUGGCUGACGAAGCUCGUCAGAAACUAUGCCAUCCUUUGGUCACUGCCUCCACUCGAGAUGACCGAGGAUACACAGCCCUCCAUGUGGCUGCUGCUUCAGGCCAUGCUCAAUUAAUUGAUAUUUUGGUGUACCACGGCGCACUUCUUGAUGUCACAGACUACAUGGGCUUUACCCCUCUUCAUCUUGCUUGUCAAAAAGGAUACCAGAGUGUGAUGCUGCUGUUGGUUCAUUUUGGUGCCAGUCUGCAACUGACAGACAAUGAUGGCAAUACUCCACUACAUCUGUGUGCAGCCAAUGGACAUGUGGAAUGUGUGAAGGGCCUCGUGUUCAGUGAUUGUGGAAAUGGCAAAUUGAAUAUUAAUGCAACAAACGAUGCAGGUAAUACACCUCUUCAUCUGGCAGCCAAAUGGGGGUUUGAGGAAAUAGUGCGGAACUUACUGGCAAAUAAUGCUUGUACGGACAUACACAACAGAAAAAAACAGACUGCCAUGAACUGUGCACACAACACACAUGUCCAACAGCUGCUCCUCGAAGCUGGGGCAGCUAACACAUCCAGAUGGAACUUCUAUUCAGGCGAGUUGUCAAAUGAUCGAAGUAAAAAGACCUCAUCAUACACAUCCUCGCUGGCUUCCUCUUCCUCAUUGUCAAGUACACCAUCAUACCUCAAGUUAUCCCAGUCGACUUUCAAUCCAGCUAAAUACAGACAACAAGAGAAGUUGCACAAAGCUGUCAAAAAUGGGGAUGUACAGUUGGUGCGUUUCUACCUUGGAUUAUCUUCGAGUGAAUCUGGAAAUCAACCAGAAUUGCAGCAGAAGUUGGAACGUGAGCUGAGCACACAGAGCAUGUGCCAUCCAUUAUGUCAGUGUGAGAAAUGUGAUGUCCUUCAGCAGGAACUGGUAGAGAAAGAAGUGAGUGUAGAUGUCAAUGGGCACAAUUCUGAGGGGCUUACAGCACUUCAUUUAACAGUACAACAGAACAGUAUAGAACUGACAAAACUGUUGUUAGAAUCUGGAGCACAUAUCAAUUGCAUGUCUGAAGAAGGCUACACACCAUUGCACAUGGCAUGCAAAGGCAACAAUAGAGAGUUGGUGGAACUUUUGUUAUCAAAUGGGGCCAAAGUGAACCUGGCAGAUCACUGUGGAAACAGUCCUUUACAUCAUUGUUGUCGAACUGCCAACAUAACUAUGUCAGCCAUCUUGCUUGAGCAUGGUGCCAGAGUCAACCAGCGUAACCAUGUCGGUAGCACCUGUCUACACGAAGCUGUGUGCACUAAUGACAUAAAGCUUGUGGCCUUGUUGCUAGAGGCUGGGGCCAAUAUCAACCUCGUCAACAGAUUAGAUCUUUCCCCCGUUCAUUUGACAGAGGAUCAGACCAUGAAACACCUCCUAAUGAACUGCCCAAGUUCCAAAAAUAUGGACAGUAAGCAAAAAACAUUUCUCGAUGUUCCCAGGUAA